GUUCUCACACGGGUUGGAGGAGCAUCGACGACAAGACAUUUUCAACACAAUCUCAAUCACCCUACUGAAUUCGAACCUCUCGUCCUUUACAAAUUUCAGUCAUGAAGUUGGCGUUUGGUCUUGUUAUCUUUGGCCAGCUCGCCAGGUUGGCUUAUGCUGCGAGCUUGGUCCGCCUCCCAAAUCAACAUGUUUUGGCUGGUGAGCUCGACAAUGGAGACCAGCAAGCAGCCAAACUUCCGCAUGAAGUCAGAAAGGCAUUGAAGAAAGCAGAGAUCAUUCCAACUGUCAUGGAUGACUUCGUUCCUACCUUGGACUUAAAAGUCAAAUGGUCCCAUGGUAUCAAAGCGUCUUUGGGUAAUACUCUCAAGCCAAAAGACCUUCAGGAUCCCCCCUCCAUUCGUCUCAAGGACUUGGUGGCGUCUACAGCAUGCCUUCGUCACUCUAGCACAAGUCUCGUGAUUGUCAUUACCGAUCCCGAUGCCCCGUCCCGCGAUGACCCCAAAUGGUCUGAGUUCUGCCACUGGAUUGCUGUUGGACCGCUCGUAACGGCCGAUUGUCCCAUCAGCGACGAACAAACCCAAAUCCAUGGAUGUUGUUCGUCCGAUUCACUCGGUACCUUGGAGGAUAUCGUGUCUUAUACACCCCCGGCUCCGCCCGAAAAGACCGGAAAGCACAGAUAUGUCAUCUUGGCCCUCGCGCCGGUCAAUGGAACGAGCGAGAAGCUGCAUUUGUCGAAACCCAAGGAGAGAAAGCGCUGGGGAUACGACAAAGCGGUGCACGGCAAGACGCAUGGUGUAAGAGAAUGGGCAGUUGAGAAUGGACUGGUACCCUUUGCGGCGAACUUCAUCUAUGCGCAAAAUAAGAAACAGUGAUAUCGAAAAACACUAGUUCAGUGAUGUGAGUGUUCUGGGCUUUGUGGACAUGCAAAUCAUGUUGAUGGGCGUGAAAGAAGACAAAAAAAUGAGCAACAAAGGCGACUGUUAGAGAUACAAACACUCCCAUAGAACCCGUGCUUACUUAAAUAAAGCGUCAAAAACCCCGGCCGGUUCCAGAUACACAGUAUCAUCGCCGCAAUUUUACGGACACGAACUUUAACGAUGAAGAAAUAAAGACCUGGGCGGUUACAGAAAGUCAGGGUACCCGGGGGUCCCGGGCGAUUGUGAAAUGUUCACAGGUUCGAAGUAGUAAACAAGUGACAUUCCAUUUCCUUACCCAAGUGAUGUCUCUUCCUGCAACGACUUUAAAACGCAAGACCCAAAAGUGUACUCGGGUAGCUAGAAUGCCAUGCACCUGUAUCGAUGUGCUGGAAGAACGAAGACGUGGAAAUUCAGGAAGUUGUCCCCAAAAUGUGGAG